AUGGAGAUUUAUAUUCCCCCUAACAAAACAAAUACUGCUGCAUUCAUCAGCCUCGGCCUGCAGCAGCAGCUACCCGAUGAUUUGGCGCUGCUGGAGGAUGCAGCAAAAGAAAUAGAAAACGCCAUUGCGCACCUCAAGCGCUCAAACAAAGAAAUUCAAGAGUUUGACCCAGAAGGCAAAGACCCCGAGCUGGUGGAUGCAAUUGCUGAGAAUGUUGUCGCCCUGGAGAAGAAGCAAAAACGGCUGCAGCAAAUUAAAGAUAAAAUGAAGGCUUUGGGGGCCAGUGAAGACGCAUGCAAAGACACAGCAGCAGCAGCAGCAGCAGCAGCAGCAGCAGCAGCAGCAGGUACUACAGCAGCAGCAGCAGCAGCAGCAAGUACGAAUCCACCAGAAUCCGCAGCAGCACCCACAGAAGCAGCGACACCAGCAACGCCAGCAGCAACACCAGCACUAGCAGCAGCAGCAGCAGCAGCAGCAGCAACAGCAGCAGCAGCAGCAGCAGAAGAAGAAUUGUCUGAACGCAUGCAGGCAGUGAACUUUGGCGAUUCUCCAUCAAAGCCAUUCGAUGACGGCAUCGACUUGUAA